AUUUGAAUUCGAAUUCCCGAGCAAAGGCGGUAUAUGUUUAGUGACAAUCAAUGCACUGCAUCGCAAAUACAAACUUCGAUGAGUGCAUGGCAACGGUAUCAUCUACGGAAUUACUUGAAAGGUCGCGUAAGCUCCACCCCCAACGAUGUUUUGGAGGUCAAGUCUUUCACACGGAAAAUCCGUACCGUAAUUUGAGUGACACUUACUGGAAUUCACUUCCGGAGUAGAAUGUGAUUAGCUUUCGUGAUUCUAGUUUUGUUUCACAUGUGCUAAAAAAAAUCGUUAGCAUACAGUGUUAAAGGUCGGUAAGACUAUAGAACAGCAAAACACGAACCCUCUUUCGCCGCUUUGUUUAGAUAAUGACAUAUUAGAUAAAAAUCAACUCGAAAAGAAAAGUUGCUUUAUCAUUAUCUUUGAUGAUCGAGUCCAGAUGAAAAUUCUAGUAAUAUAUAGCGUGGAGGCGUGUAUGGUGAUUGGUUAUACAAUGCAUAUGUUGCCGUGCUCUUUACUAGAGGAGCUCAGAAAAGGUGAUGAUCGUGCCAGUUAACUUUGGAAGCUUGCCUGCUUUAGCAUUUCUUUGUUGUACCUUUCUCCAGAAUAAGAUUAGACCUGUAGUGCGGAACAUUAUAUUGCUGAUCCGAUAAUGGAAAUGACAACCUUCCUAGAUUUCCUAAAUGUAUCAAUUGCUGUCACACAAACCAUAUACCCUACCACAGAAGCACAGAAUAUCACCAGCACUUCAGAUUCGGGAUUCGAUUUCACGAUGAUCCCAAGUGCUAUAUCGGAAAGAAGUGUCAUUCCCUUCCGCCAUCGUGUAAUUGUUGCAUCCGUCUUGCUCGUAAUGGCAUUGGUCGGUCUUUUGGGCAACUCUCUCGUCAUCAUAUCGGUCAUCGUUAGCAAAACACUUCGGACGAUUACCAAUGUUCUAGUGGUAAAUCUCGCUUUCGCUGAUAUUUUGGCGUGUUCCUUGAUACCCUUUCAAGGUGUUGGUCUCCUGAGCCAAACAGGAACUUAUCCUUUGAACGAGGUGACCUGCGCAACCGUUGCCGCAGUACAUUACAUCAGCGUCUGCUGCAGUGUGUACACUCUUGUAGCAAUAGCAUUUAUAAGGUGGUAUGUCAUAACCAAGUCUAUCCGAGGACAUCAAGGUCUUCAUACUCCUAAGAGAAUCAUCGUCGUAGCUGUGAUAAUCUGGAUGUUCUCGGUAUUAGCAAUGGUCCUACCUCCAGUGUUUGGUCUUGGGACACUCGGCUACUCCGAAUAUUACAGCAUGUGUUCUUUAAAAGAUGAGAAAACAUCCAAAACUUAUUACGUCAUACUUCAAGGAACCUUGGCAGCAGUAGCUCUUUUGCUCACUCUUACACUCUACUCUUUGAUUCUGAGUCAUGUUCGUCGACACAAUGACCAAUUUCGAAACAAGUACGCAACGGAUGAAAAGACCAAGUCCACGUCAGCAAGCACACGAGGAGGCCAAGCUUCUUCGUCUGAUCCUGGAGGUUCUCAUCCACCCAUGAUCAAGGCAAUUAAUCAAAAGGAAAUCGAGAUCACUAAGAAUCUUUUCAUGGUCGUUUGUGUUUUCAUGUUCUGUUUCCUAGCUACUGCUGUUAAUUUCUUCAUCCCUGGUACGAGAAUUAUUACUCUCUAUACUACAAUGAUACUAUUAGGGAACAGUGUGGCCAAUCCGAUCAUCUACGGUCUGAAGCAUCCGAACUUUCAGAAGGUCUUCAAGGAAAUCCUAUGCUGUCGAUCUGUUGGAUAGGCUUUCAUAGCAAUUUUAUCACGGAAGGCUUUAUGUUACUCCUUGAUUGUCAAGUUCUACGUACACAAGUAUAGAUCGUAUGAAACAUAUUUCAUCACAGAGACAAGAUAAUUAUUUUCGCAAAUUAAUUUUGUAUCAUUUCUUAAUGCCUGUU